AUGCCCGUCGUUCUUGUGACUAAGGUUGGUGAAGAUGGCUCUGCAGAGGGUGUGGCCUUGACAGUCAGAACAGGCAUUCUGCUGGGUGACGUCCAGCGGGAUGGUGCCGCCGCCUUCGCGACGCGCCCGCUGCACUGGGGCGGCCCCCAGGAAGCUCCAGUGACCGUGCUGCACGACUACGCAGACGUGCCAGGUGCCAGCGAUGCACCUUAA